AUGGUGGUCAACGUGAGCGUGAGGGAGACAACGCUGGUUAAGCCGGCAGCGGAGACGCCGAGGCAGGCGCUGUGGAACUCUAACGUGGACCUGGUGAUCCCGAGCAUCCACACGCCCAGCGUCUACUUCUACAGGCCCAACCAAAACGGUGCGUCGUCGAACUUCUUCGACCCGGCGGUGCUCAAGCUCGCCCUGUCCAAGGCCCUCGUGCCCUUCUACCCCAUGGCCGGCCGCCUCAAGCGCGACGAAGACGGCCGUAUCGAGAUCGACUGCAACGGGGAAGGGGUGCUGUUUGUCGAGGCCGAGACGAGCUCGGUCAUCGAUGAUUUCGGCGAUUUUGCACCGACUCUCGAGCUCCGGAGGCUCAUCCCCGCCGUUGAUUACUCCGCUGGGAUAUCCUCAUAUGCUCUCUUGGUGUUACAGGUCACUUACUUCAAAUGUGGAGGAGUGUCACUUGGUGUUGGAAUGCAGCAUCAUGCAGCAGAUGGAUUUUCUGGUCUCCACUUUGUCAACACAUGGUCUGAUAUGGCUCGCGGCCUUGAUCUUACACUUCCGCCGUUCAUUGACAGGACAUUACUUCGUGCCCGAGAUCCACCGCAGCCUGCAUUCCACCACAUCGAAUACCAACCUGCUCCACCAUUGAAAACCCCUCUGCAAAGCACAAAACCUGGCGCUGAUAGCACAACAGUCUCCAUUUUUAGAUUGACGCGGGAGCAGCUCAACAUCUUGAAAGCCAAGUCCAAGGAAGCUGGGAACACAAUCAGCUAUAGCUCAUAUGAGAUGAUGGCGGGUCAUAUUUGGAGAUGUGUAUGCAAGGCACGCGAACUUCCCAAUGAUCAAGACACCAAACUAUAUAUUGCCACUGAUGGAAGAUCCAGACUGCAACCCCCACUCCCUCCUGGUUACUUUGGCAAUGUGAUUUUCACAGCAACACCCAUUGCUGUCGCAGGGGAUCUCCAAUCAAAACCAACAUGGUUCGCAGCAAGCCGCAUUCAUGAUGCUUUGGUUCGUAUGGAUGAUAACUAUCUUAGAUCGGCUCUAGACUAUCUUGAGCUUCAGCCUGAUCUGUCAGCCCUUGUUCGCGGUGCUCAUUCUUUUAGGUGCCCUAAUCUUGGGAUAACUAGCUGGGUUAGGCUGCCGAUCCAUGAUGCUGACUUUGGUUGGGGUCGACCCAUUUUCAUGGGACCUGGUGGAAUUGCAUUUGAGGGGCUGGCUUUUGUAAUACCAAGUGCAACUAAUGAUGGGAGUUUAUCAGUGGCCAUAUCUCUUCAAUCUGAACAUAUGAAAUCAUUUUCCAAGUUGUUAUACGACAUAUAA